UUCUCAACUCCUAGUGGUGCACAGGCUCGGGCUUAGAGGGGGUAGAAGUAAUGACGCCAAUACCUACACCCCCUUCAGUGUGAUAUAAACGGAUCAGCAUCAGUGGACAGUCUUUUCUGCGUCGGACGUGGACUUCAGCCGUAGAUUCAGUUUCCUGUUCUAGGAACUCCGCGAGAGCGUCUCCUGAUUCACACCGUCGGCGAUGGGAAAGGAAAAGCUGCACAUCAACAUCGUGGUGAUCGGCCACGUGGACUCCGGCAAGUCCACCACCACCGGGCACCUCAUCUACAAGUGCGGGGGCAUCGACAAGCGCACCAUCGAGAAGUUCGAGAAGGAGGCGGCCGAGAUGGGCAAGGGCUCCUUCAAGUACGCCUGGGUGCUGGACAAGCUGAAGGCCGAGCGGGAGCGCGGCAUCACCAUCGACAUCUCCCUGUGGAAGUUUGAGACCAGCAAGUACUACGUGACCAUCAUCGACGCCCCCGGGCACAGGGACUUCAUCAAGAACAUGAUCACGGGCACGUCCCAGGCGGACUGCGCGGUGCUGAUCGUGGCAGCGGGCGUGGGCGAGUUCGAGGCGGGCAUCUCGAAGAACGGGCAGACGCGCGAGCACGCCCUGCUGUAG